GGUAUUUCCGAUCACAAGGUUUUUAGGCAGCUUCUGAGCGCCUAAGCCUGAGAGACCAGAUCUCUGAGUCCGUUGUCCAUCCGAUGAAACGGCAAAUAACAUUUGAUUGUGUCAUUGAAUCUGGGUAUGAGGCGAUUCACAAGAAAUUUUGUCCAGCACAACCGGUUUGCAGCAACGCAAUGAAUGUGGACGGGCGGCAGGCUUGUCAAGCAUUGAUCGAAGAUCAGAUGAGCCUCUACGGAGUUCAACCGCAUGGAGACAAUGACUGCGAAUCCGACGUCGGUGAACACUUCCGUGCACAUGCUGAAUGGUGGCGAGAGUAUUCCCAGCAGGUUCAACGGGGUGCAGUGAUACCUGGAUACUGAACAGGCAUGAAUUUUUGGAUGGCAGAACAAUGAAUAAAGUACUGAAUAUUG